AUGCCUAGCGCGGAGCUUGAACACGCGGGGAUAGGGGAGCUGCGCGCGCAUGAAGGGGUGGCUGAAGAGCCAGGAGGGGACGCGGGAGCCGCGGAAACGUCACUUGCAGAAGCAGGGGAUGCGGAAAUGGUCGGAUCUGGAGCAGGAAGGAGUGUGGCCGAGGGGCAAAGGGCGGACGAGGCGCGUUUAGCAGCAGAGGAACGGGGAGAGAGGGGAGUGAGAGAAGCAGAGAAGUUGGAUGGGAGGGAGAGGAGGGAGAUUGAGGGGUUGGGGGACUCUCCUUUUGGGGAAUCCCCAACUCCGUCCUCUGAACCGCUCGUGCCGCACUCACACCCGCACCCGUCGCAUCCCCCUUUCCUGCAGCCAGACUCGCCCUCCUCCCCCCAACCGCCCGUGCCACAUUCGCACACUCACCCGUCGCGCGCACACCCGUCGCGCGCACACCCCGAAUCCCUGCAGUCCCAAUCUCACCACCCCCAAUCCGUGCACUCUCAAUCCCUGCAGUCCCAAUCCCAUCACACCCAAGCCUCUCGUUCCCAGUCGUCUCAUUCACUACCAGAUGCCGCUGUUCCCACCUCCUCCCCCCCUCCUGAUACCGCCACUCCUAGAAGCCCCCCCUUCCGUCUCCCCCGUCCCCCCAAGCCGCCACUCCACCCCUUCCUCUCGCCACCCCCCCCGAAAUGGGCCGGCAGAGGAACCGGUCAGCGGCAGAGGGCUGGGGAGUGGGUUAGGAGGAGUUGGGAGCUGGUAGCAGCAGGCAGAGCUGCCAAAAGCCAGUCUAGAUACAGCCGGGGGCAGGGGCAAGCUCAGGGGGACGAACUUCUUGGGUUGGGGAUAGCCCGGCCUGCUACAGCCCGGGGCGGCAGCACCCGCCGCCCUGCUACAGCCGGGCCGCUGGGGGAAGCAGCAGAGUCUGCUACAGCCGGGGGGUCUGUAGCAGGGACGCCUGUGGCGGGUACCCCCACUGCCCGCACCGCCCACGUUUGGGAGGAGGCUGAGGAGGCAGAGGGGGCCGUCUUUUGGCGGGUCUUCAGAGCUGCUGGGGCUUAUGGGGAAAGGGGCGAUCAAGGGCUUGCUGCGGGUUUGAAGAGUGUGCAGAGGUGGAGAGAAGGGGGGAGUGGAACGGGGAGUGAUGUGGAGUGGGAGGGGGAGGGGGGGUGGGGUGGGGAGGGUUUGAUUCGCCGAGAAACGGGGGAGAGUGGAAAAGGGGGAGGGGGGGAGGGAGGAGAGGCGGGGACUGGUGGUGCUGCGGGUGCUCUUGCUGCUGGCGGUAGCGGGAGCAGCAGGUCAGGUAGGAGGUCCCUUCUGUCGAGCUUUCUAUCAGACUCAUCAGACAAAGACAAGGACAGGGAGAGGCCUGGGUCCGCGUCUAAGAGGAGUCGUCUCCGAAGCAGCAGCUUCGGCUCGUUACCCUCCCCCGGGGGUGCUGGUGCGGGCGCAGGCUCGGGUGGUGGUUCGGGUGCAGGUGGCGGUGCUUCGGGUGGUGGUGCUGCCGGUGGUGGUGAGGGAAAGCUAUGGGAGCAGCUAGAGGAGAAAUACCAGGAGCCUCUCUCUGCUGAAGCUGCUGCCGCUGCCGCUGCAGCAGCCGCCGCUUCUGCUGCCUCUCCUGGCGCUGCUGCUGGUGGUUUCGGUGGUGCUACCCCUAAUGCACCUCGUAGCAGCAGCAGGGAGGCGGCGGAUGAAGGGGAGACGGGUAGCGGCAGUGGGGGGAGAGACGGCGAAGGGGAGAAGCUGGGGGGGAGAGGUGGGGAGGGAGGAGGAGCAGAAGGAGGAGGGGGAGGAGGAGUGGGAGGGGGAGGAGGGGAGGAAGAGGAGGAGAAACGGCCUUCUCUAGCUGUGAUGUUUCAGCGGUCUAUAAGCCUGAGGCUUGCACCUGGGGAGAGGCUAGGAGGGGGAGGGGGAGGGGGAGGAGGAGUAGGAGGAGGUGGAGGGAGACGGGAUGGUGGCGGGGAGAAGUUAGGGGUUAUGGAUGCUUUUAGAAGGCAGGUCACGCUGAGAAGCAGGCCUGAACGGGUUGAGGAAGAGGAAGCCGGGCGUGAGGUGAAACACGGGAGUGGGGAGGGACAGGGGGAGGAGGGUAAGGGGAGUGGGGAGGGUAGGGCCGGGGAGGGUCAGGGAGAGGAGAGUGAGGGUGAGGAGGGGCGGAAGGAUGGGGAGGAGAGUAGUGAUGAUGGGGAGAGGGAGACAGUGGGGGAGGAGGAAGGAAAGGAAGGGGAGAGAGGGGAGGAAGUGAAGGGGGAAGGGGUCAAGGAGGAUGUAAAUGAGGAAGGUAAGAUGGACGAGGGUGCUGGUGCUGGUGCUGCUGGUGCUGGUGCUGGUGGGGUGGGGGAUUUGGGAGGAGGAGAAAGAAAGUCAGAAGUUUUAAUUGAAGAAACGAGCUUUCAGCCAGAAGAGCAGCGGCAGGAGAAGCAACAGCAGCAGCAAGCAGCAGCAGCAGCAGCAGCAGCAGCAGCAGCAGCAGCAGCAGCAGCAGCAGCAGCAGCAGCAGCAGCAGCAGCAGCAGCAGCAGCAGCAGCAGCAGCAGCAGCAGCAGCAGCAGCAGCAGCAGCAGCAGCAGCAGCAGCAGCAGCAGCAGCAGCAGCAGCAGCAGCAGCAGCAGCAGCAGCAGCAGCAGCAGCAGCAGCAGCAGGAGCAGGAGCAGGGCAGGGGCAGGGGCAGGAACAGCAGCAGCAGGAGAAGCAGGAAGAGGGAAAAUCGGAGAAUCAGCCCCAAACGGAGGAGAAUCAACAGCAGCAGCGGGGUGGCGGGGAGGGAUCGGAGGGGAAGCAGCAGGCUUCAGGGAGGGCACAGAGGCUGCUGGUAAGGCACCAAUCUCUAAGCAACAAGGCACUAGACGCUGCGAAUCAGAGUAUGGGUGUGGAUUUGGGUUUGACAGGGCGUGAUGAUGCUGCUGCUGCCACCAGCAGCAGCAGCAAUACCCCUGCGAACAACAGUGGCAACGGUGCUGGUGGGUUUGGUGGCAACCUGCCUUUGCUACGGACGAGUACAGAGAGAAUCGUUCGGUCGACCCGCAGUUUGGCUGUUAAGAAGUAUUUAUCCCCAUCUUCCUCGCUGGUUCGACGGGCAGGAGCAGCAGGGGGGGCAGAGGGAGCAGCAGAGAGAGCAGGGGCGGGAGCGGGGGGAGGGGAGGGAUCGGGAGGAGAGGUGGGUGGGACGGGAGAGGAGGCGAAGAAGAGGGGGUGGAGAGGGGCGGAGAGGAUUGGGGCGGAUAGAUUAAGGGUGGUUGGAGGGGGGGGGGCUGAGGUAUGGGGAGCGGAGGGAGGGGCGGAAACGUGGAGAGUGGAGGGAGGGGCGGAGGUGUGGGGGGUAGGAGCAGAGGCGAGUGAAAGAGGUGAGAGGUGGGUCGGAGAAACGGAGUAUACGCAACCGCAUGAGAGGUGGGUGGGGCCUGAGGAUGGGUAUGAGGGUGAAAGGCAGGACUUGGGGACUCAGACGUUGGAUUAUGGGGAGGUUCAUGCAGAGCAGUAUGAGGAGCAGUAUGGGGAGGGAUAUGGAGAGCAGUAUGGGGAGCAGUAUGGGGAGCAGUAUGGAGAGCAGGAGCAGUAUCAGGUGCAGUAUGAGGGGCAGUAUCAGGAGCAGUAUCAGGAGAAUUAUCAGGAGAAUUUUCAGGAGAAUUACCAGGUGGAUUAUCAGGAGCAGGAGCAGUAUCAGGAGUAUCAUGAGGAGCAGUAUGAGGAGCAGGUGUAUUUUGAGGGGCAGAGGAGGCAGGUUCGACAAGGGCUUGAGCAGGAGUAUGUGGAGAGGGGGGUGUACGGGCAGGAACAGCAGUUUCAGGGGCAGCAAUUCGGGCAGGAACAACAGUUUGAUGGGCAGCAAUUCGGGCAGGAGCAGCCGUUUGAGGAGGGGGAGUUCGGGCAGCAGCAGCCUUUUGACGGGCAGCAGUACGGGCAGGAGUAUGAAGAGUUGGGGUAUGGGGAGGGACAGUCGGAGCAGCAGCAGCAGCAGCAGCGUCAGUGGCAGCAGCAGCAGCGCCAGUGGCAGCGAGAGAAGGGGAAGGGGAAGGGGAAAGCAGCGUUAGAUGAGUGGGAGUUCGUGCUGCAGAGAAGCGGAACUACGAGCCCCAUGGGGGGUAGUAUGCAGGUCCGGGAGGUGUUCAGGUCCGAUUCGGUGAGCACUUCGGAAGACGAGGAGGAAGGGGAGGGGAGGGAGGUGGGGGGGCUAGGGGAAGGAGUGGUGAGAGGGAACCUAGGGGACAGAGUGGGGAGGGUAAGCGAGGGAGCGGAAUUUUCAGGUCACUUUCUCGCUCCCGACUUGCUCAAUCUUCCAGUUUUUCGGGCAGGACCAGCGAGCGAAAUCUUUCGGGCAGAAGUGCAGGUGCAUCUGACCUGGACCGGGCAGAUUCAGGUGAUUUCAGCAGAGGGGGUCCAGGUGGAUUCAACAGGGGUGCCUGUGUACCCAAUAGAGCAGGCGGCUCAGGUGAAUUCAACAGUGGAGGGUCAGGUGCUCUGGCAGGAUACGACAUGGAAGGACCAGUCUGCAGCAGCAGGAGUAGGAGUAGCAGGAGCAGGAGGAGGAGUAGCAGCAGCAGGAGGAGGAGCAGGGGGAGUGUCGUUCCAACCCCAGUCCAGUGGGCCACAGACGUUCCAACGCAGCUUCACGGACAGAAGACGGCCCGUUCUCCCGCCCCACCCUGUUUCCAUUGCUGCUGUUCCCCGCAUUUCUGCGAGAGAGUGGCUAGCAGGAGCAGCACCAGGAGCCUCUAUAAGCCCAGCAGCAGGAGCAGCAGGAGCAGCAGCAGGAGCAGCUGCAUUCCUCCCACAACCCCAGUCUGCUGCGAAUCCGCCAUUCUACCCCCAGGCCGGCGGCCCCCAGGCGUUUGCUUUUGAGUCGACUCAAAAGCAGGCCGGCGGUCCCCAGGCGUUUCAGCGCAGCUUUACGGAUCGAAGGCGGCCCGUCCCUCCUCCUUACGCCGCUGCUCCUGCUCCCGCUCCCGCUGGUGGUGCUGUUCCCCGCUUCCAGCGCAGCUUGACCGACCGAAGGCGGGCGCCCCCUGCCUUCGUUCCUGCUCCUCCUCCUGCUGCUGCUGGUUUUCUCCCCUAA